AUGGCGGAAAUUACGAAGAUCGAUAAGCUAAAUGGCAAGAAUUAUCAGUCUUGGAAAUACAAUGUCAAGCUAGUUCUUAUGGAACGUGGCCUUUGGGGCUUUACACAAGAAGGCAAAGAAAUACCUCCUGACGAAGAUGCGACAAAUGCUGUAAAGAAUGCUUUCCAGUUGCGAUCAGAUAAAGCCUACUCUCUGAUUGCCUUAAACGUCGAGAAACACUUGCAAAUACACAUUUCGAGUACGACAGAUCCUUUAGCAGCAUGGACGAACUUGAAAAAACAAUUUGAGUUUGUAUCUGUUACCGAAGUCGUGCGUUUGAAUCGUAAAUUCUACGCAGCCACCAUGGAAGAAGGUGGAGAUCUUAUGAAACACCUGACCUAUAUGACAUCAUUGGUAGAACAACUGCGUGAAAUGGAAGAAGAUAUAUCAUCAAAGAAAUUCGCUACUGUGGUGCUAGGGAGUUUACCCGAAUCGUAUGAUAAUCUCCUCACAAGUUUGAAUGCGAGAAAAGCUGAAGAGUUGGAAUGGGACAAUAUAAAGGGAUUGUUAAUAGAAGAGUAUUUGAAGAAGACAUGGUGAACAUUCUAGAAAUUGGACUCCUGUAGACUACAAGCCAUCAUGGAACACCAAUAAAGGUGGGGAUACAUUGACACCAGCAGCACAACAACGUGAUGAUGGAAGAGCAAGAAAUAUUUUAUGCUUUAAGUGUAACAAAGCUGGACACAUCGCCAGGAACUGUCCACUCAACUAUAGAAAAGGUGGAAACAAAGGGGAACAUUCGAAGCUUGCGGAAGGUGGUGGAGUAGCACUGAUUUCAAGCACAGGAAAUUCAAAUGAUUGGUAUGUGGAUUCAGCUGCGACAAAGCAUAUGACAAAUCGCAAGGACCUUAUCAUCAACUACACUCAAUACCAAACACCGGUGAAUAUUUAUUUGGGUGACAAUACCUGUAUCAAAGCUCUGGGUGAAGGAAUGGUUAAGCUAUAUACUCAAAAUGACAAUACAUUCUAUUUGGAGUUACACAAAGUAUUGUAUGUGCCGAUGUUAGCAAAAAACCUAUUGUCUGUGCCUGCAAUGGCUUCAAUGGGAGCUAAAGUGUCAUUCGAUGACGAAAAAUGUGUUGUUUACAAAGAAGAUAAAGAAUACGUGAUUGGUAAAUUGGUAGAUGGUAUGCUGUAUACCGUUAAUCCAGUUGAAUUUGCCCAUCCUACAACUGAACCCUUGGAUAUGUGGCACCAGAGAUUUGGUCAUCUAAACAAUGGAUAUGUUAAUCAACUGAUGAAGAAUGAUAUGGUCACUGGAAUGAUGUAUGAUGAAAGUAAACAAGUGGAGAAAGAUUGCAAAGGAUGUUCAAUGGGAAAGAUGCAUAAUAAGAAUCCCUUUCCAAAAGCAAGUCUACAUAGGGCAAGCAGACCUUAUGAAAUCAUACAUACUGACAAUGUGGACCAAUGCAAGUUGAGUCAAUUGGCGGUAGCCGUUAUUUGGUCACAUUUACUGAUGACUAUUCCAGAUAUGCUGUUGCUUACUUUAUUAAGAAGAAAGAUGAAGCACUUACUAAGUUCAAGGAGUUUGUGAAUUACGUUGAAAAUCAAGAUGGAAAUCAUAAUAAAGUGAAGAUUCUGCGCAGCGACAACGGAGGUGAGUACAAAUCGAACAGUUUCUCCAAAUUCUGUACAGAGAAUUGCCCCUAGUCUUCUGGGCCGAAGCAUGCAAUACAGCUGUGUACCUACAUAACCUAAGUCCUACAGUUGCAUUAAAGGACAAAACCCCUCAUGAAUGCCUUUUCGGUAAAAAACCAGAUGUUUCUAAUCUUAAAGUCUUUGGAUGUAUGUGCUAUGUUCAUAUCCCGGACAGUAAUCGUAGAAAAUUAGACCAAAAGUCUUAUGAAGCUAUAUUUGUUGGUUAUCCUACUGGCACAAAAGGAUACAAAGUUUAUGAUGUUAAAAGAAGAAAGUUCAUGAUAAGUCGAGAUGUUCAAUUCUUAGAGAAGAAAUUUCAUAAUUUUGAGAACCCAAAGAAUGACUUUGUGUUUGAGCAGACAGAGAGAAUUGAAGUUCCGGAUGAUGAAAAACAAACUGUUGAGUUAUUUGAUCUAGAUAGAGUUGAUGAACUUGAUGAUCAAACCUUCAACGAAGAUCAGGAUGAGUUCAGAGUGGAUCCUGUU